AUGGAAAAUCAAAAUGGGCCGCAUUUGGUUCUAAUACCUCCACCAUUCCAUGGCCACAUGACUCCUAUGCUUCAACUAGCCACAGUCCUUCAUUCCAAAGGCUUCUCCAUCACCAUAGCACACACCCAUUUCAAUUCCCCUGAUCCUUCUAAUCAUCCUAAUUUCAAUUUUCUACCCUUCUUUGAUGGUUUAUCUAGUACCCAAAUCACUUCCAAGAAUUUCGUAGAUAUUGCUUCAACUCUAAAUUGCUUGUAUAAUCUAUAUGAUGGAUUUUUUCAUUUCAUCGAUUCUUUGGCUAAGGAAUUAAAGCUACCAAGUAUUGUCUUUCGAACCACUUGUGCUACUAAUUUUCUCACUUAUCACGUGUGUGCUCACCUACAAACCAAAGGGUACCUUCCCUUGCAAGAUUGUAAGUCGUUGGAUUUGGUACCAGAACUGGAGUUGCUGCGAUUCAAAGAUCUACCUAUUUUCAAUUUAAGAAAUCCACAUGAUUUCCUUCAUUGCACAUCUAAAAAUCUUUCAAUAACACCUUUAGCUGUUAUUUUCAACACUAUGCAAGGCUUAGAAGAUUCAUCAGUAAUUCAACUCCAGCAGCUACACAAAAUUAACCUCUUCCCCGUAGGUCCUCUACACAUGAUUGCCAAUGAGUUCAAUAAUAUCAGCAUUAUGCGAGAAAGUGAUGGUUGUAUAUCUUGGCUAAACAGCAAAGCAAGAAAAUCUGUGUUAUAUGUAAGCUUAGGAAGCAUUGCUAGUUGGGAAGAGAAAGAGCUAACUGAAAUGGCUUGCGGAUUAGCGAACAGCGGGCAAAGUUUUGUUUGGGUUAUUCUACCGGAGACAGUAAACAAUGUUUCAGAAUGGUUAGAAUCGUUGUCGGAAGAUGUUAAAUUAGGUGUAACAGAGAGGGGUUGGAUUGUGAAAUGGGCACCUCAAAGUGAGGUUUUGGCACAUGAAGCUGUUGGAGGUUUUUGGAGUCAUUAUGGUUGGAAUUCAACAUUGGAGAGUUUGUGGGAAGGAAUACCAAUUAUUUGUCAGCCCCAUUUUGGAGAUCAAAGGGUAAAUGUUAGAUUGUUGAGCCAUGUUUGGAAGGUGGGUUUGGAAUGGUGUAAUGUGAUGGAAAGAGAUGAGAUUGAAAAAGUGGUAAGAACACUUAUGGUGAAUCAAGAAGGGGAAGAAUUGAGAGAAAGAGCAACUGAAUUGAAGCAUGAGAUUAGAUUGGCUACAAAUGGUUCUUCCUCGGAUGCAUUAAAUGGGUUGGUAAAAUGCAUCUUGUCAAUAAAAAUGUCUCAUUAG